CUUCAUCGAAUAAUUUAGUUUCUUCAUCAGAUAAUGUCAUUACUAACAAGGACAAUAAUGUUAAAAAGGCUCGAAUAGAAGUUGAAUUGUCCGAUGAUGAUAUUGUUGGUGAUUUGCGCAACAAGAUGGGAGAAGAAUACUUGACAGAUUGUUUGAUGUGUUACAUUGAAAAAGAUGUAUUUGUUAAAAUUGAGAAUGAAGUCAUUAUGAAGCGAUUUCAGAAUAUGGCCCCUCGAAAACAAAGAUUGCCGCCUCUCAAUGAAUCUCCUUCAUUUGACGCGUCAGGUUCUAAUCAAAAUUAAGGUACUCUUUAAGUAGUUAUUUUAUUUAAAUUUUAUAGUUUGGUUUAUUGUGAUAUUCGUGAUGCAUAUGAUUUUUUUAGAGUAGUACGUAGUAUAUGAUUUCUUUGUUAUUGUGCCCCUGCGAGUCACGAGUCCUGGUUCCGCCACUGGACUCGGGUCAGGCCGCCCGGCCCAAAACCGGCCCGGUACUGUUUGGGCCCGGACCGGACCGGUUGGCCGGUCUUCGGGCAGGUUCGGACCUACUGAACCGCUCAAUUCCCGGGGCGGGCUCGGGCCUUCUAAAAGUGGAACCGGCCCGGCCGAUCCGGGCCAAUUUUUUUGUUUGUUUUUCAAUUUUUUUUGUUUUUCAUUUUUUUUUUGUUUCUACCAGGUUGGGCUGGGUGUUUUGGGUGGGGGGGGGGGGGGUCGGGGGAUAAUUAAAAAAGCAAAAGAAAAUAAUAAAAAAUAACAUUGAACCGGAACCGGCCCGGCCCCGAACCACUGCCUACCUGGGCCAGUUCCAGUUCUCCCUUCGCAGAGAAAAAGCCCGGCCGGGCCAAGGCCCGAACCGGCCCGGGUCCAUCCCUACUCAGACACUCCAAUCACCCCAAAGUAUGGAUGAACUCGGUUCGGGUCGGGCCUCCGGUCCUGGAUUGGGGGCCCCAGAAUCGGCCCGUGUAACCGCCGGGUCGGACCGGGCCUCAGGUAUUUUUGUUUUUUUUUGCCUUUUCCUAAUUAACCCCCAACCCCCCCCCCCCCCCCCUCCCACCCAAACCACCCCAAACCACUUCAAAUGGGCCAAAAUACCCAGCCCAAUCCAAAAACUUUAAAAAAAAAUUCAAAAAAAAAUGGGCCGGACCGGGCCGAACCGGCCGGGCUGGUUCACGUUUUAAGGAGCCCGAGCCCGGACCGGAACCACCUCGGGUCGGGCCUACCCGGACCGGUCCCUGACCGGGCCACC